ACUUUCCCUCUUUAGAAAAUCCAACCAACCCACCCUUCUCUCUCUCUCAUCACCCACUAGAGAAAGACCACCCAUGGCCACCUCUUGUGAAUGGUUGGAAAGCGACUAACCCAACUUCCAUCCUCAAAUAUAUAAACAGAAACACACACACGCAUACAAUAUAUACCUCCACAUAUAGAUACAUACAAAUCCAAACCAAACUAAACCCAUCAUCAACAACAACACCAACAACAAAAAAAAGUGUGAGAAGAGAAAAGAGAGAGAGAGAGUAAAAAUGCUAUCGAAUCCGCCGAAACCGUCACUCUUACUCCACAGAAUCAACACCAGCACCACCAACAUCGCAACGACGCCGUGUCAAGAUGAGUUGCUGUUCCAGAAGCGGACCCCACAAGCUUGCCCCGAAAUUGUGGCGAGGUACCACGCCCACACCGUGGGGCCCAAGCAGUGCUGCUCCGCCGUGAUCCAGGAGAUCGACGCCCCCGUCUCCACCGUGUGGUCCGUCGUGAGGCGCUUCGACAACCCCCAAGCCUACAAGCACUUCGUCAAGAGCUGCCACGUCAUCGUCGGAGACGGCAACGUGGGCACCCUCCGCGAGGUCCACGUCAUCUCCGGCCUCCCCGCCGGCCGGAGCACCGAGCGCCUCGAGAUCCUCGACGACGAGCGCCACGUCAUCAGCUUCAGCGUCGUCGGCGGGGACCACCGCCUGGCUAACUACAAGUCGGUCACCACCCUCCACCGCUCUGCGUCAACCGCGGGUGACGGCGACAGGACCGUCGUGGUCGAGUCCUACGUGGUGGAUAUUCCGCCCGGGAACACCAUGGAGGACACGUGCGUGUUCGUCGACACCAUCGUUCGGUGCAACCUCCAGUCACUCGCUCAGAUCGCCGAAAACGUGUCGAGACGAAACAACAACAAGUCCCUGUCACAAUAGAGUAAUCUUUUACUAUAAAAAAAAAAAAAUUGUUCUUUUUUUUUUGUUCAUUUUAUAUAUAUACUCCGUGGUUUUGUCAUUUGUGAUUAUCCGAUGUGGGUUUGUUUACAAAAUGAAUCGACGUUAAUAGUGUUUUGUUUUUU